GAGGCGGCGGCGGGUCCCGGAGGUCCAGUGGGCAGCGCCAAAGGUAGGGCCCGAUCCGGGCCUGCGAAGAGAUGUGGGGAUCAGCACCUGGAGAAGAGAGGCAGCUGCCCAGGAGUCUCAUGGUUGGUCAGUGGGUGAGCCAGCGCUAGAACCCAGGUCUACAGGCGCAGCUCCCUUCCCGUGACCGCUGCCCAUCUUCGAAGGCGCUCCAGGGGCGACCCCCCCCAGCCAUGAACUACGUGGGUCAGCUGGCGGGAACCGUGUUUGGGACGGUGAAGGAGCUGUACCAGGGCCUGAACCCGGCCACGCUGAGCGGCUGCAUCGACGUGCUGGUGGUGAAGCAGGUGGACGGCUCCUUCCGAUGCUCGCCCUUCCACGUGCGUUUCGGCAAGCUGGGUGUCCUGCGAUCUCGGGAGAAGGUGGUAGACAUCGAGGUCAAUGGGGAGCCCGUGGACUUGCACAUGAAGCUGGGGGACAGCGGGGAGGCCUUCUUCGUCCAGGAGCUGGAGAGUGAUGAGGAACACGUGCCUCCCCGCCUGUGCACAUCUCCCAUCCCCUGGGGAGGCCUGUCUGGGUUCCCCUCCGACUCCCAGCUGGGUACAGCCAGCGAGUCCGAGCCCGUCCUGGGCGUGUCCACGGGAAGGAAGAAGAAGCUUCGCAGAAGGAAACCGCGGUGGAAGGAGGACAUGAUGGCAGACGAUUCCAGUUCUGAGGAGCAGGAGGCAGGCGCCGAGAGCGAGCUGUCCCUGCUGGAAAAGCCGAGGCUGGAGUCCCCAGGCAGCAUCCAGCUGGAAGGGGAGUCCUCGUCACAGCCCACGGACAUCUACCCCUACUCCGACGGCGAGUGGCCCUCCCAGGCCAGCCUGUCGUCGGAUGGGCUAACAUCCCCCAAGAGUGACUCAGAGCUGGAGGUGCGGACCCCCGAGCCCAGCCCCCUGAGAGCGGAGUCCCACAUGCAGUGGGCCUGGGGGAGGCUGCCUAAGGUGGCCAAAGCUGAGCGGCUCCUGUCCUCCAUGGUCCCUGAUGGCAGCACCAAGGCAGCCUCACCUCAGGGCGAGCCCAGCACCCCUGCCCUUCAGCCUGACACGGAGGUGCCCGCUCUGGUGGGUCCCCCUCUCCCUGCCCCUCAGAGAGAGAAAACCAAGACUCAGAGGUCCAGGGACGCAGGUCUCUCUCCGGCCUCCAAAUCGUGGAGCUGGGCUGCUCUGGAGGGUCCAGCUCCCACCAGGCAGCCAGAGGGGGGCCCCAGGAGGAAAGGCUCCACGAAGAGAAGCCAGCACCUGGGCCCCAGUGACAUCUACCUGGACGAUUUGCCCUCUCUGGACUCUGAGGAUGUAGCCCUUUACUUCCCCCAGAGUGACCGUGGGCUGGGGCCCAGGAGGUGGAGUGAACCCGGUAGCCAGAAGCCACUGGGGGACCCCAACCCCGAACAGGAGCCAGAACCCGCUCCGGACACAGUGGACACGGUAGUGCUGUCCCUCUGUGGUGGACUGGCUGACAGCCGGGACGUUUCCCUGGAGAAGUUCAACAAGCAUGUAGUCUCCUACCAGGACCUCGCCCAAAACCCUGGGCUCCUGGACGACCCGAACCUGGUUGUGAGGAUCAAUGAGAAGCAUUACAACUGGGCUGUAGCUGCCCCCAUGGUCCUCUCUCUGCAAGCCUUCCAGAGGAGCCUGCCCAAGAGCACCGUGGACAAGCUGGAGAAGGAGAAAAUGCCCAGGAAGGGUGGGCGGUGGUGGUUUUCCUGGCGACGCAGGGACUUCCCAGCCGAGGAGCGAAGUGCCCAGAGGGAGAAGACCCCAGCCCGGGAGCCAAGUGGGGAGAAGACGGAUGUCCUGAGCAGUGAGGACGACGCCCCAGACAGCCCCGUGAUCCUGGAGGCCCCCUCCCUGCCACCCUUGCCUCCAGCCUACACUCCUACCUACAAGAAGUCCCUCCGCCUCUCCUCGGAUCAGAUCCGGCAGCUGAACCUGCAAGAAGGUGCCAACGACGUGGUCUUCAGCGUGACAACCCAGUACCAGGGCACCUGCCGCUGCAGGGCCAACAUCUACCUGUGGAAGUGGGACGACAAGGUGGUCAUCUCAGACAUCGAUGGCACCAUCACCAAGUCGGACGCGCUGGGCCACAUCCUGCCCCAGCUGGGGAAAGACUGGACACACCAGGGCAUCACGAGUCUCUACCACAAAAUCCACCUGAAUGGGUACAAGUUCCUGUACUGCUCGGCGCGGGCCAUUGGCAUGGCUGACCUCACCAAGGGGUACCUGCAGUGGGUGAGCGAGCGGGGCUGUGCCCUCCCCAAGGGCCCCAUCCUGCUGUCUCCCAGCAGCCUCUUCUCCGCCCUGCACAGGGAGGUGAUUGAGAAGAAGCCAGAGGUGUUCAAGAUCGCCUGCCUGAGUGACGUCCAGCAGCUGUUCCUGCCCCACGGAAAGCCCUUCUAUGCCGCCUUCGGGAACAGGCCCAACGAUGUCACUGCCUACCGGCAGGUGGGCCUACCUGAAUCCCGAAUCUUCACCGUCAACCCCCGGGGAGAGCUCAUCCAGGAGCCCAUGAAGAACCACAAAUCCACGUACGAGCGGCUCAGCGAGGUGGUGGAGCUCCUCUUCCCGCCCGUGGCGCGCGGCCCCAGCACCGACCUGGCCAACCCUGACUACAGCAGCUUCUGCUACUGGCGGGAGCCACUGGCUGCAGUGGACCUCGACGCCCUGGCCUGAACCUGCCCUGGCUGCCCGCCCCUCCCUGGCCCGGCCCAGGCCGAUGGGGAGUCCCAGGGCAUGGGGUUGGAAGCUGGGUGGAGG